AUGCCCAGCAGACCUCGCCAGCAACGCCUAUUUGCUUAUAGAUACCAGCGGGCCCAGAAAUGGAAAAUGGCGGCAGGCAUAUCGGGCGCACUCUUCCACCCGCAAAUUAAAACACCCGGGAUUAUAAAGGAAACAAUGCAAACCAGUACCUCACCUGUCCAACACCUUGGCAUCCAGUGCAGCAAGAACCGACUCUACACAAAAAACGAUGCAACACAAAUGACUGCGCGGCAACAUACUCCACGAGGUAUCGCCGGACCCGGACCCAGAAGUAGCGCCAGCAAGCCAAGGGGCGACAAUGGAGAGACCGAGAGAGACAAAAUCCGGGACUUACCAGCACUAGGUAUUGGCUGA